AUGGAGUCCAAAGAUGACGACUAUUGGAACGACUCUGCUAACAAAUCUUUUAAUUUCGACGAAGACGAAGUGGCCGUCCUUGAAAUCCCAACACACAACAAACGGAGUCUUUUCGGUGAGGAUACCUCAUCGGAAGCGAGCUACGUGAAUUUAAAGAAUGAUCUGCCGCUGGAAGCAAUCAUUUCGGAUGAGAAUCUGGAGCUUAUACUGCAGGAACAAUCGCGCGAUGAAAUGACGAUCCCGAAAGGCAUUUCACUGGAGGAGGAAGUGAAGCUUCUGCGGAAAAAGAUACAAGAAUUUAAUUAUGCGCCACCUACGGAGUCGGUCAUUCGAAAACUAAUUCUCGGCAAACCUUGUUCUCUGGAGAUGUUUCGUUCGUUGGCCGAAAAGGAGCAACUGCUUGAUGAAGCCAUAGCCUCCGGGUGUGGCAACGCGAUCUUGAAAGUAAUUCUGUUUUUAGAUCGUACCCUCAAAAAGAAGCUAUUCUACACGUUGCUGCAAACCCGGACGGAGGCAGUUUAUCAUUAUAUCAACUAUUUGUCGUUACGAUUGAAGGUUUCAGAAUGCACGGACUUGUUGGUAUUUCUGGGGAGACAUCAUGAAGCGAGCUUACUUCAGUUCUCUAUAUUUGUCUGCAGUACGUCAAACAUCAGUAUCAAGCAUCAACGGUUAAAAAAGAUUUAUAGCGAUUAUUUUUCUCAGCCUGGCUCAAACACGUUUUAUGCGCAAUUGGUUGCGAAUUAUAUCAAUCUACUAGAAUAUCAAUCGUCGGAGCUACACUCGGUGGGAGGUAGCAGCGCUGUGAUAGCAAUUCAGGAUAAAUCCGUGCUGGAAACGCUUAACUACGUUUGCGGGAAGUUCAAAUGGGGAGACACAUCUUUGCAAACGAACGACAAUCCGUUUAAACUGGCCGAAACCCAUCAAGUGUCACAGUCUCAGUUCGAAUGGGUUGCCUUAAACGAGCGAGCUAAGCGACAGGCGUGGCUUGAUUUUGAUCAUAUUUUUGAGAAGAAAGCAUGGCUCAAUUUGAAACAAAAAUCCUUCAAAAUCAACAUUCCGGUCGACCGAACGAUACUGCGAUUGUAUUCUCUUCAUGCACCCAACCCGAUAUUGAACACGUUUCUUGGGAAGGUGGAAGAUCCACAACGUAGACUGGCACUGGCGCGAAAAGUUCAUUCUAAGCACGGAAUUGUGGACGCGUUGAUAUUACUCAAAGAUCGGGCCGAAUUAGAGAACUAUCGGAACAGCUUGGACGCUGGAACUGAGGAACGGCUAUAUGCGGAGAACGCUCUCAAAUCGAUGAACAAUAAAUGGAAAAGCGAUGCAAUGAAACUAAUAAAAUGA